GAGCAGCCUUUGCCCUCUUGCAUCAACUGCAGCCCUCAGAACGCGAAAGGGUUGAAGAUUGACGGGGCAGCAGUUUAGAGGCGAGCCAUGGCAGCAUCUCGAGUCUUCAUUGUCACCCUCUUUUUCCUUGGAGCAACCGAGUCUUUUGUUGAAGAUUCAUUUGAUCUCUUUGAUGCCCUCCCUGCCACAGAGGCUCCCCGAAUAAACCCAAGAAAAGAACAGUGUCUGAAUGAUGCCCGAGACAUUGUCUUCUUGAUUGAUGGCUCAACAAGCAUGCGGCCCUCAGAAUUUUCACAAAUGAAGACGUUUAUUGCACAAGUCAUGAAAAGCCUUCCACAGCAUACGCAUUUUUCCCUGCUGCAGUUCUCAAACAGGUUUGAGGAGCAUUUCGACUACACACGUUUCCACGGAAAUCGAAAUCCUGACCACCUGCUCAGACAGGUUAAUCAGCUGGGAGGCUCAUCAUACACAGCCUCAGCGAUCAGAAAAGCUGUCAGGGAGCUGUUCAACCCAAGCAAAGGUGCCCGCAGCACAGCCAAAAAGUUCCUCGUGGUGGUGACAGAUGGGGAGAAAGUUGGGGAUCCCCUGGAGUAUGCAGAUGUUGUUCAGGAAGCCGACAGAGCUGGAAUCACUCGCUUUGCAAUUGGGGCCGGUCUGAUGUUCGGAAGCAAAGUUGCCCAGCAAGAGCUCCAUGCCAUGGCCUCCCACCCUACCACAGAACAUGUCUUUGUCGUGAGACACUUCUCAGGACUCCGGGACAUCCAAGCCCAGCUGAAAGAGAAGAUUUGUGCCAGCCAUGGCCCAGUGGUUCCACCAGCGCCACAGGCACCUGCCCCCUGCAGCUCGCAUUCUGAUCCCCAGGUGAUGCAGAAACUGGAGCAAGUGCUGAAUGCCCUGGAUCAGGUGAAAGCCAAGGUGGACCUGCUUGCUGCCAGGCAGGGGAAAUGUGGCCCGUAGGAAAGCAAGCAAGAAGAACAUUCAGUGUAGGCACGUGGAGGUCUUUCCUGUAUAUGACUUUUAGUCAGGAUUUUUACAGUAUGCUAAACUUCCUCUGAUGCCAAUAAAGAUACCUGCUCAUCA